CUCGUUAAACUAAUAGAAAUAAUGUAAAGAAAAGAAAGAAGAAAGAAGAAGGAAAAUAGAUCCAGGGGAUAUAGACUAGACAAUAGUCUAAAACCCUAUAAAAGAAGAAAGAAGAAGAAGAAGAAGACGUUUCUCUUUCACUUUAUGUGCUCGGGUUAUUCUUGGUACAGCCUGAUAGCCUUUUUAACUUUCAUAUAAUUAAGAAAUACAAUACCCGAGUGACAUGGAUGUGUGCUGUUGAGGGAAAACGAGGUUAUGACGGUAUGAUAUAACGAAAAAAAAACGCAACUUUUUAUUCACUUUUGUCACUGACAAGCUCGGCCAUGAAGCACAGCUGACAGGAAAUUAAUAUUCAGGAGAGCAGCAAUGUUUCUUCUUUUUUUUAUUAUAUCCUUAGAAAUAUAAAAAUAGGGUUAAAAUGGAAGCCUUAGAAAGAAACCAGGAAUCUCUGAAAGUUGUCAUUGAAGAAACUAGUGAUGCAAAUGAACCAAAUAAGGUGGAAGAGGAAGAACCUAAGACACCAAGAGCAUAUCAUAGGAGAAAAUCAUCUUUACAAUUGCGGAAAAGUACGUCAGAGGAUAAUCCAGGUUUACCAGUGAGCAUAUCGUACAGGACUGGAGAUGAUACUGUUGAAGUUUCAAAUUUAAGUGAUGGAAGUUAUGCUAUUGACUCACCACAUGAACCACCAAUCUCAGAUUUGGAUCUUCUUCUGGCAGCGACAUAUGUAGAAGAUGCAAGAGAUGGAAGGCAUUCAGACUUUAAAGUGUCCGAGAAACAUUUAAAAUUAUAUCACAUGUAUCAGAGUAGAUGGGGCCAAGCUGCACUGUACAUCAUAAUUAUACUUCAUCUCUCCUUGGCUUUAUUUGAGAAGCCAGCAGUAUAUGGCUUAGAAAUGUCUUAUUGGGCCUCCAUGACCAUAGAAGUAGGUAUCCUCUGCUGCUACCUAUUUCGACUUGCACAUAUAAAUCUUUUCACUCCCGUCGUCAGGUUCUGGUCUGACACUAAGAAUAUACUUAUCUUGGUACUCAGUGGGCUUACUUUCUUAGACAUGGUAAUAUAUAUUGGACUAGUAGAAAAUGACAUCUUUGGAGUACGGUGGUCAAGGCCCUUGAGACCUCUCUUUGCUGUGAAUUUCCCAGAGAUGAAGCAAAUCAGGCGAUCAUUCCGGAACAUGCGAAGAACUCUGCCAGAUGUAGUCAAUGUUCUUGUUCUCUUCUUCUUCAGUUUGGCCAUAUUUGCUCUAAUGGCAUACAAGCUGUUUGGUGAUAGAGGCCUUUCUUGGGUAGAUGGUAGACCCUACUUCGCCACUUACUGGGACAGCAUCUUUGACCUGUAUGUGUUGGUCACCACUGCCAACAACCCUGAUGUCAUGAUGCCAGCAUUUGAUGCAUCUCCAUACUAUGUUAUUUUCUUUGUUGCAUUUUUGAUAAUCUGCUUUUUUGUGUAUAUGAACAUCAUCCUUGCUGUUAUCUACAAUAACUACAGAAAACACCUCAAGAAUGAAGUUAAAAAAUCAGUGUUCAGUAAGAGGCAACAACUACGUAAAGCAUUUGACAUCCUCUCAGUAAAAGUUUCAUCAAAGAAAUUAGUCACAAGGAACCGCUUCAUACAGCUUAUGAAAACUCUGGAUAAAGAGAAAAAUCCAGCCCUCAUAAAUGUCCUGUGGAUCGUUCUGGAUGGGGACCGCUCAGAUGCACUGGAUAGGGCAGAAUUCCUGAAAUUGGCCGAUCUAUUGAAUGUAGAAGUGUCUGCGGUAGUGGAUCGUGUUCCUCUGAUUGGUCAUCUCUUCCCAAAACUAUAUAACUCUCUGCCCUCGAGAUUUGUAUGUCGAGUGGUAAAGCACAAAGCUUUCCAAAUCUUUUUUGACUUCCUGACUCUGAUCAAUGCAAUAGUGAUUGCUAUUGCAACACCUACAUCAGACUGGGAUGAAAUGACAGAGUGGAUCUUUCUCUCCUUCUUUGUUUUGGAGAUUGUUUUGAAACUUUACGUCCAUGGAGCAUCCAGAUUUUUCAAGAGGAUGUGGAAUGUGUUUGACUUUUUUGUAAUUGGUGCAGCUUUUAUUAUGGCCAUUGUAGAGGAAAUUAAGGCUGAUGAUGAUGACAGUCGUCUUGCCCUGGAUGUAUUGCUAGUGUUAAGAGUAUUACGGCUUGUCAAGAUCAUUGGAAGUAUUGACCGUUUUAAAGUCAUUGUACACACUAUCAGCAAGAUUGGUCCAUCUCUCUUAACAUAUGGAGGAGUGCUUUUGGUAUUUUACUACAUAUUUGCCAUGAUUGGGAUGGAAUCAUUCCAAGGCCUGGUAAAAUAUACUGGAUAUGACAUAGAGAGUGGGUCUGAGCUCUUCUGCAGCAAUGAAAACCUAGAAAAGACAGACUUUUGGCGUGACCACUACUGCAAUAACAACUUCAAUGAUGUAGUUCAUGCAUUCAUUGUUCUCUUCGAGCUCACUGUUGUCAACCAAUGGCAUGUUAUUGCUUAUGGUUAUGCUGCUGUGACAAACUCAUGGGCACGCUUGUUCUUCAUGUUCUUUCAUCUUAUUUGCGUUAUCAUUGUGCUAAACAUCUUCACUGCAUUUGUCCUGGAAGCUUUUAUGCUGGAAUAUUCUGCAACUUAUGGUGGCAAGUUAGAAUCACAGCUUGAGAAGAAGAUUCAUGAAAUGGGUCUUAGCCUAAAAAAGAAAAAGAAGAAAACGACAACUAGCCGAGAGGAACUUGUGAUUGAGUCGGAUAGUUCUGAUGGAGGUGAUGAAGUAGAUUUGCCCCAGAAUAAAACUCCAGAAAGUUGUGCAGAUGUCACCCAGGAAGGAUCGUCUAGUUUUUACGGAAUACCACAGAACAUCUCGGGGGAAACAGACGUCAGAUUCCACAUAUCAAAAAAACUAAAGAAUGUCGAAGUUCUCCUGCAGAAGAUGUUUGAAAAGGAAUUAGAGGCGGAUGAGUUGGGACCAGACAUUUCAAACCUGGAGGAGGAUAUAGAUGACCAUUUACAUGCUUUUCCAACACAAGGGCACAGUUCUUGGCACAUUUGAUACUUCACAUCUCUAUCUUAAGGUUGAAGGCUUGAAAUUCUUUCUUCAGUAAAAUGAACUGUUUAAAGUUCUGUAUUUAUAUUAUUUAUUACUAAGUUGUUAGUUCUAUGCUAGUUCCUCAUAUCUGUUUAAUUUUGUGAUGUUGGUUUAUGUGAUAAAAUCUCUCAUAAGAAAUGUGAAAAUAAUGUGUUGAUAAAGUCUUAAUGCAUACAAUGUUUAUGAUUUCGUGACAUUUUGAUAAUUAUGUUGUACUGAGUAUCAUUUUGGUUGACAGGAAAAUCAGUGUCUUGACUGAUAUACUACAAUAAGCUGCUAAUUAUAUAGUUAUUUUAUGAUCUUGUUUUAAUUUUAAGUGUUAUGCUAAUUUUUAUGUUGAUAGAGUGAUUAGUAUCAGUGUUGACUUUUUGCUGAUAUGUUUAUAAGUGGUAUACUUUAUAGAUAUAAAAUAUAUUACCAAAGAACUAGGAACAUAUAUAUUUAUAUACCAAAGAUUUCAUAAUCAGAUAAUAACCAAAGAUGUUUAAAUUCUGUUCAAAAAAGAAAAUGAGGUGUAUGGUAUUGUUAAACUUCUGGAUAAUACAAUAUUAAAAAUAUGUCAUGUUGUCAAAAAGAUUUGAUUUAACACAGUUAUCACUGUGCUCUUACAAAAGUAUAAAAACCUUUGUCAGUAUAGUUUGGGGCCUUUCAGGGCCUUUUUGAAUUAUGGUGUAAUAGCAAUGGAAGUUUAGAUUUUACAGUGUAAUAUAUAUUAAACUUAGGGACAUCCAGAAAAUAAAAUACUUUCUUUCA